UUCAUUCAGUCUCGUUUCUAUGACGAGCGAAACAUCGAGUCACAAUGCGUCUCGUUCUCGCAGUAGUGCAAGACACGGCUACGAUUGGCUAUGCACGAGAUAUCAUUUCUUUUUUAUUUUGAUGAUGCUGUUUGUACAUAUCUUGUGCGCUGUACUAAUUCUCUACGUGUCAGUAGAAGCAUAUAUUAAUGUGAUAACAAAUAUGGAUAAGAGAGAUGAUAAUUCUGUGCUGUCUUCAACAAAACCGAAAUAUGUUCCAACUUGGUCUAGUCUAGACAGUCGACCAUUACCAUCUUGGUAUGAUGACGCAAAGUUUGGAAUCUUUAUUCAUUGGGGUGUAUUCAGUGUACCUAGCUUUGGUUCUGAAUGGUUUUGGAAUCAUUGGAAAGAGGAAACUAAAACUACAAAAUUCCAUGAUUUUAUGAAACAAAGAUAUCCUCCAAACUUUACAUAUCAGGAUUUUGCACGGGACUUUACUGCUGAAUUCUUCAAUGCUUCUGACUGGGCGGAAUUAUUCAAUGCAUCAGGUGCAAAGUAUAUUGUAUUAACAAGCAAGCACCAUGAAGGAUACACAAUGUGGCCAUCGACGUAUUCAUUCAGUUGGAACUCUAUGGAUGUAGGACCUCAAAAAGAUCUUGUUGGUGAAUUAGCAGAAGCUAUUCGAAACAAGACAGAUAUCAGAUUUGGCUUAUAUCAUUCCCUAUUUGAAUGGUACAAUCGUCUCUAUGUAGCAGAUAAAAAAAAUAAUUUUACAACAGAUAGAUAUGUGAUUAAUAAAGUGAUGCCAGAGUUACACGAAUUGAUAGAAACGUACAAGCCAGAUAUAGUUUGGUCAGAUGGAGAUGGAGAGGCAUCAGACACUUAUUGGAAAUCAAAGGAAUUUUUGGCUUGGCUAUACAAUGAUAGUCCUGUAAAAGAUACAGUAGUGGUGAAUGAUAGAUGGGGCAAUAAUAUAUCAUGCCACCAUGGUGGUUUCUUCACAUGUGCUGAUCGUUUUAAUCCUGGUAUGCUUCUCCCACAUAAAUGGGAAAACUGUAUGACUAUUGAUAAAAAAUCUUGGGGAUACCGUAGAAAUGCAGUUUUAGCGGAAUAUUAUACACUAGCUGGAUUAGUAAAAGAAUUAAUAAUUACUGUAAGCUGCGGUGGAAAUUUACUGAUGAACGUUGGACCAACGAAAGAUGGCAUCAUUAUACCAAUAUAUGAAGAAAGAUUACGCGGAAUGGGCACUUGGCUAGCAGUUAAUGGUGAAGCUAUUUACAAUACUAAACCAUGGAUAGUACAAAAUGAUACUUUAACCGGAAGUGUUUGGUACACGAUAAAUAAAAAUGAAAAACAGCUAUAUGCUUCGAUUCUAGAAUGGCCAGAUGAUAAUAUUUUGUCAUUGGGUUCUCUUAAACUUUCAACGAAUUCUCAGGUAUACCUACUUGGUUAUUCAUCAGCAAUUCCUUGGAAACAAUCUAAUGAUAAGCUAGAAAUAAAUCUACCUUCUAAUGCACAUAGAGGACAGCCAGCUUGGGUAUUGAAGAUUGAGAAGAAAAAUUAAUUAUAAAGAAGUAUUCAAUUCAAAUUCAUACGAUCCUGUUUUCAUGACAAAUGAAAAUUCUCGCAAUAAUUCUCGCUCUCGAAUUGGACGACAUAAUGCUCGUGAAAUAUUCGCACGAUGCGAUUGGUUGUAAUUUAUUCUAGGACGUAUGUAUACACCAAAUUGGCGGCCAUUAAAAUUUAGCGAUUAUCCAGUGUAGUGCUGAAAAACUAUAUUAUAUAUAUGUGAAAAACAAUCUUUUAUUCCAAUAGAAAACAUAUAUUUACUUAAAAAGAAAAAGAUUCUAAAACGUAUUAUAGUAAAACGUAUUAUAUUACGUAUUAUCAUUUUUCGCACAGAUAAUUUCUUAUCUGCAGUCCCUCUUUGCCUUUCUUUUUCCUUUUUUUCUUUAUAUUAUAAAUUGCCUUGAAUGAUAUUUUAAUUACAUUAUAUUUGUAAACAUGAUAGCCAAGAUAUAAACAUGUUAUCGUAUCAAUCAAUUAUAGAUAAUGAGAAAAAAUUACAUUAAUCAAUGUUAAGAAAAUGUUAAUUUA